AUGGAGGAGGUGAUGGAGGAGGAGAUGGAGGAGGUGAUGGAGGAGGUGAUGGAGGAGGUGAUGGAGGAGGUGAUGGAGGAGGUGAUGGAGGAGGUGAAGGAGGUGAUGGAGGAGGUGAUGGAGGAGGUGAUGGAGGAGGUGCUGGAGGAGGUGAUGGAGGAGGUGCUGGAGGAGGUGAUGGAGGAGGUGAUGGAGGAGGUGAAGGAGGUGCUGGAGGAGGUGAAGGAGGUGCUGGAGGAGGUGCUGGAGGUGGUGAUGAGGUGA